GGUUGGUAGGCGGGCUCAGCGGUUCGCGCCCAGUUAGCCUCGAGCUUCGGAGACCCGAGAGACCAGAGGAUGGCUGACCCGAAGGGGCACCCGAGACAGCACCUGGGCUUUUUCCCGCCCGCGGUUCCACUGCUCUGAAACCGAUUUCUAACAGAGAGAGACAUAGUCUUGCUCUGUUACCCAUGCUGGAGUAAGGUGGGGAGAUCACGACUCACUGCAACUUUGAAUUCCUGGGUUGAAGCAAUCCUCCCAUCUCAGCCUCCUGAGUAGCUAGGACUACAGGGUGACUUUGUCAGUACCCCAAACUGUCCCCGCAUGAGGUCACUCUGCACGGUCACGUGCUCGAGCCCGCGGGAGCGCCACAUCGCCAGCCGCACCCCUCCACCCCUCCACCCCCACCCUGCCCACGUGACCCGGCCUAGUUUCUCCAGGCCCGUCCCUACGUCUCACUCGGAAAGCCCCGCCCCACGCUGAGCGCUCCGCCUGCGACCCUCCGCCACUUACCCACCCCGGCUCAAGCACGACCCGUGGACCCACGUGCUUUUUCUUGUCCAAUGGGAGCCGGCUCCCGGGCGCGAAGGGGCGGGGAAGAAAGGAACGACUGCUCUACGUUGCGAGAAGGGGCGGGACCUGCAACGUCCGACAGAACGAGGGGACGUAACGGAGGCAGGUCGGAGCCGCUGCCGUCGCCAUGACCCGCGGUAACCAGCGUGAGCUCGCCCGCCAGAAAAAUAUGAAAAAGCAGAGCGACUCGGUUAAGGGAAAGCGCCGAGAUGACGGGCUUUCUGCUGCCGCCCGCAAGCAGAGGGACUCGGAGAUCAUGCAGCAGAAGCAGAAAAAGGCAAACGAGAAGAAGGAGGAACCCAAGUAGCUUUGUGGCUUCGUGUCCAACCCUCUUGCCCUUCGCCUGUGUGCCUGGAGCCAGUCCCACCACGCUCGCGUUUCCUCCUGUAGUGCUCACAGGUCCCAGCACCGAUGGCAUUCCCUUUGCCCUGAGUCUGCAGCGGGUCCCUUUUGUGCUUCCUUCCCCUCAGGUAGCCUCUCUCCCCCUGGGCCACUCCCGGGGGUGAGGGGGUUACCCCUUCCCAGUGUUUUUUAUUCCUGUGGGGCUCACCCCAAAGUAUUAAAAGUAGCUUUGUAAUUC